CGUUUACGAAGCUCCCUCUCCGGUGCUUCCAUUUGCUUCUUCUACGAGAGCCGUGGGAGGCGGAGGAGGAAGAGGAGGAGGAGGAGGAGGAGGAGGCGAGGGGAGAGAUGGGCUCCGUCGAUCUCAUCACAUCCUCUCACAACUCCAUUCGCGAGAUUUCGGAUCAUAUUGCAGGUGCCAUUCUCUAUGUAGAUGCUGGUUGUUUAGAGGCUUUCCAAUUGAUUGGAGCAUUUCCACUGCUACUAGAACUCGGGGCGCGCGCCAUUUCCAGCUUAGAGAAUUUGUCUCCUCUUGAUGCUAUUGUGGAUUGGAACAAUAGUUUGGCAGAGCCUGCUACGAAGAUCGUAAUUAUAACAUCGCGUCUUCUGAGUGAUGCGCAUCGGUAUAUUUUGCGUUGCCUGAUCACUCAUAGAACCGUUCUUCAUUGUGCUGUAUUUACGUCUAUUUCGGAGAUUGCUCACUCAGCGUUAAUUGAUUCACCACUAGGACCUGAUGCCUUUCAUGAGUACCACUCGUUGCUUCUCCAAGAUUAUGAAGAAAUUGUUAAAAGGCAUGAGAAAGAAGGACUUCUCACACACCGAAACAGUGAACAUAUUCAAUCUCCAGACAGCCAAAACACAAAACUAUCUUCUGAAGAUAACAUUUGGUCUGGACUCGAUACUAGUUACGCUAAUGACCCUAAUAUUGAAGCUAGUCCUUCUAAAAGAAAUUUUUAUGCCGAUGAGUCUGUGAGCAAGGAGGAUGGCAGGGCAAGGUUGUCCAUAUCGGUAAAUCACUUUCCAAUGAUUAUUUGCCCUAUUUCAACUAGAGUAUUUGUCUUGCCUUCAGAAGGAACGGUUGCAGAGUCUCUUUUGUCAAAUGAUAAUGAAGAAUCUCUAAGUCCUGGAUUGCCCGCCAUUUCUACCGGCCUACCUUUUGAUGGUGAGGACGUACCUCCUGGUGCUAUCUUGACUGCCCAUUUCCUUUACCAUCUUGCGGAUAAAAUGGAUCUGAAGAUGGAAAUUUUCUCAUUGGGAGACACAUCAAAAAUCAUUGGCAAGAUGUUAACCGACAUGUCGAGUCUGUAUGAUGUAAGUCGACGUAGUAAGAUGUCAGCUGGACUGUUGCUUAUUGACCGUACGAUUGAUCUCCUCACACCUUGCUGCCAUGGCGACUCGUUUCUUGAUCGCUUGCUAUCUUCUUUGCCGCGAAGAGAGAGAAACUCCCCUGCACAAGUCAAAAGCGUGCAAAGUUCAAGAGACCACUCCCCUGUUACUGUACUACGCCCACCUCUUGAUAUAAAAAUACCUUUUGACUCAAUAUUAAGCAAAGAGGGAACUGAAAAGAGAAGUGAUCAGAUACAUGAAAGCAUAAUAGCUUUUAUAUCUGGCUGGAACUCUGGUCAACCGGAAUCUGAUGUUCCCGAGUUAGCAAAUAGUAACAAACUUAAUAGUGAAUUAGGUACUUUGAAUGGGUCCUUUCUUUCCAAUUAUAGAGGGGCAAGCUACUUAGAAGCAUUACUCGAUCGAGGUGCAAAAGAUGGUGCCUUGCUGAUAAAGAAAUGGCUCUUGGAAGCACUUCAGAACGAGAAACUAUCCAUGAAUUCAAAAGCUCGGUUAGGAAUCACUUCUGCUUCAGAGCUUCGAGCUAUGGUUAAAAAGCUGGCGCGAGAUCAGAACUCUCUGAUUCGAAACAGAGGAAUUAUUCAGCUAGUUUUAGCUACUGAAAUUGCGCUAAGUGAGCCUCAUAGUUCUCGGUGGGAUGCAUUUGUGAGUGCUCAGAAAAUAUUAAGUGUGAGUUCUUCAGAUACAAGUCAGAGUCUUUCUAGUCAGAUACGUGAUUUCAUCAACACUAGCAUUUUGGUUAGAUCAAGUCAACAAGAUAAAAUGGUGGGCUCUUCAGAGGGUCUCCUCAAUUUUCAAGAUGCAUUGCUUCUAUCAACUAUUGGAUACAUCUUAGCUGGUGAAAAUUUUCCAACAGCUGUUUCUACCGGGCCGUUUUCAUGGGAAGAGGAGCAUGCUCUUAAGGAAGCCGUGGUGGAAGCAAUUCUCGAAAGGCCAUCGUCUGCGAAACUUCGUUUCCUCCAUGGUUUGGAGAAUGAUCUCGAAGCUAAUUCUAGAAAAGAUGAUGAAAAAAAUGAAAAUGCUGCUGAGAAGAUUUCUGAUGAUUUUGAUGAUCAAUGGGGUAGUUGGGAUGAUGAUGAGACGGAUAAUCAGAAUGAACAAUCAUACGGUGAUAUGCAACUUAAAUUGGAAUUGAGAGAUAGAGUUGAUCAGCUCUUUAAGUUUUUUUGUAAGUUAUCUAGUUUGAAGUGGAGGAAUCCAGUUCUAAAAGAAGGGCUCACAGCCUUAAGCAAGUUAGGAAGUGAUACCUAUAGUAGAAAAGGUUUACUUUACAAACUUUUAUCUGCUCUUCUGGCGAAGUAUGACAUACCCGGAUUAGAAUAUCACUCUUCAGCAGUUGGGCGGUUUUUCAAAACUGGGUUUGGUCGAUUUGGCCUUGGGCAGGCUAAGCCGAGUUUUGGGGAUCAAAGUGUCCUUUUCAUUUUCGUUGUAGGAGGCAUCAACAGCCUUGAGGUUCGGGAAGCUAUGGAGGCGAUCUCCGAAAACAGUAGACCGGAUGUUGAGUUAAUUCUCAGCGGCACGACUCUUCUAACCCCGGAUGACAUGUUCAACCUAAUGUUGGGCUCCUCUGAUUCGAUGUAGCUGCAGUUGAAAUGAACGCCAAACUCCUAUAUUGAUGGUAAUUGAGGUGGAUUUUCUACUCUGGCGAUUCCGCUAAUUAUACACUGGCCACUGUUGUACAGUUAAAGACAGCUGAAGAUGGUUAUUAAUAUUGCUGUUGCACGGUACAUCGAGACGACUUGUUCGGAUGAACCAACACCAUACAAGUACAAUUGAGGUGGGCUCAAAAAUAAUACAGUCAUUUUUAGGAAUUCACAAAAUGAUGGCAUUUGUUUGUUGCUUGUUUGUAUUGUACUUGACUGACUCUGCCGGUGACCGAUAUGCGAGUACAAGGCAGAGUAACUUCUUGAAAAUGUGACACAAAGUUUUGCUUGAAGAUGAAAAGCAUUUUCAUUCAUAUUAUUGUUCUCCUGUACUAUACAUAUGAAAAAUCUUGCUUCAUCAUCUCUCGCUAAUCAAUAUUUAAGCACUAACAGCUUUUUUUA